AUGAACAGUCUCCUAUUUACAUUAGCAAUUUCAAAUUAUCAAAAUCUUAUUGAAAAGGCCAAAAUAAGUGCAAAAUCAAGAGCAUUACGCGCAGGUCAAGCACUGCAAGAUUUAGAGCCAAAGACGUAUAAAGAUAGCGGAUAUGAAUAUACAAUACGUUAUGGCGUCACAGGUGAUUUAUCAGAAGAUGUCCUUGGCUUUGCAAAGGAGCAGUCCACAAUUGCUAUUGUCGAGAAAGAUUCAGAAAAUUCAAAAGUAAAUAAAGUUUUCGCUAACUCAGAAAAGCAAAAAAUGUAUUUAUUAACAGAAGUUUUAGAACAAGAAGACAAUGUUAAGGUUUACAAGAUCCAAAAAGUUGACGCAUUAGAUUUAAUUUCAAGAAUUAGUUUUUCAUCCAAGGAUGAUCCAAUUUUCCAGAAGGAAGUUGAAGUAGGCUACAAGUGGAACAAAAAUGGUGAUCCGUUCGUCAAUGGUCGCCCUGAGUAUUUCUACAGUACUUCAAAUCUCCAGAUUGGUGCAGGUACUUAUGCCAGAGCCAAGGUCUCAAUCGUUCUUGACAUCGUCCUCCGUUCAUUAUCCUUAACGGCAACACUCAACGUUAAAGCUAUUGUUGGUGCCCAAGUUCAUAUCCAAGGCUACCACUAUCAUUUGAAAACAUUGAGUAUCUUCAAGGGCAACUACAAUAUUCCAAACGGCAUUUCCUUCAAGAUCUUUGGAAUUGGUGUUGGAUUAACAACAGAUAUCAUCACAGACUUAGCCGUUGACGAUAUUGACUUAAACAUCCCAGUCGAUUUCACCUACUACAGAGGCUACAUCGUUGAAGCCGAGAAGACAGUCUCUGUCACCACAGGAAAAGGUUUCAUCGACGGACCAGUCAAUUUCUCAAUGACCCCAGUCAAGUCCGACACAACACUUGGAGACCUGAAGACACAACUCCUUGCUUCCACCUUCGAAUUGACACCACGUCUCAAAGUUGGCCUUGAAAUUUCCUUGACAGCCGGUUUAGUCAAGUACUUAGACACCACAGUCACAGUUAUCCCAUAUGUUCCAAUCAAGUUCGGCUUCGACAAGGAGGAAUGCGCCUCUCCAUACCUCUACGGCUCCAUUCAGCCUAAAUUAGACCUGAGAUUCCAGUUUGAUGGCUUUGAGAUCAAGAACUUCAAGAUUCUUCCCAAGUACGACAAGACAUGGAACCUCUGGCAGUCCAGGAAGAUCAUGAUGUGCCUUGUCGAUCCAUUCCGUGGCGAGGAAACAUCAUCACAGUACUCGUACACAACAGAUUUGACAUCGUACGUUUUGAAUCCAACUCUCUCCAUCAACGGCUACACAUUCACACACCCAAUGCACAUUGUUGAGCUCCAAGCUGUGUCCGGCAGCUCCGUUCUCAGCCAGACAGUCAUUCCAUGGCAGGAGAUUCCGAAGUACCCGCAGUCAGUCCACCCAGGAAAGUUCUUAGUUGUCACCGACCCACCUAAAGGCUUCAUCUGGCGCUUCAAGGCCAAGCAGGCUAACAACUACAUCCUGUUCAAGUCUUACACCAACAUGAAGACAGACUUCACAGACAUCAUGAGCAAGAACUUGAUCAGAAUCAAAGAGGACGACUCAGAGAACUCCGCUGGCAUAAUUGUCCAUCCAAACACAAUUGCAGGAAGGACAAUUCCUCUCGGAAAGGAGUACAAGGUCUCUGACGAAGACAAGUUCGUUGCAUUCAACGCACACUUCGACGGCGAGUACACUUUGUUGCAGAGAUACGCAAACAAGGAGUUCGCUGUCAAGUCAAACCACUUCAUGACAAGUGCAAUUGCAUCAGAAAACGACACUUACAACGACUUCAAGCAGAUUGCCACAAAGACAGGCUACUACUGCAAGGUCUCCUUCAAUAAGAUGACAGUCACAAAGUCAUUCGGCAGCAAAGGCAUCCACUUCAGAGUCAACAGAUUGAUUGGCUACAGCAGAUAUCCAACUGCAUCAUUCAUUUUAGGAAAGCUCGACAAAAAUCAGCAGAUUGUCGACACUCCAGCAGGAACUUACUACGGAAAGGACUUAGGAAUGAGCGACUGGAACUUCGUCUACCACUCAGUUGAGAAUUCCGAGUUUGAGUUCGUUGUUUCUGUCAACGGAGGAGCAGACAAGACAACUAAGUUAUCUCAUGCAACAAUUGUCAAAUCCGGAUCAGUCACAAUCACUUUUGACGGCAUUUCCAUUGUUUUCAACCUCAAACAGGUCGAUGUUUCUGUCUUCGCCGACGUUCCUAAGUCAGUCAAGGCGAUCAUCCCUGUCCUCGUCAAGGAUGUCAUCAGCACAAACGGCUUGUUCACAACCAACUCUAUGGACGGAAUCGGAAACUACUUUGUUGUUAAGUGCCACCUCGGACAGGGCAGAAACCAGAUUCCAAAGAGAGGAAAGCAGAUCCCAUACCUCCCAAUCUAUUCCGAUGGAUUCACUCCUGUAACAGAGCACAUCGUCAUCGACGACAAGUUCUUCCUCGUCAGAAUCACUGCUGGCAUGUUCCCAUUCGCUGCAAACGACAUCUACAUCCCAAUGAGAGCAAACCCAGGAAAGAUGGCAAGAAAGCUCCAGCUCUAUGAACCAUUCAUUUCCGAUGUAAAUGGCGGAUACGACUACGACAUCGACGAAAUGUUCGUGACAUCGUUCAAGCCAGCCAUCAUCGUCAAGGAAGGCCAGUACUGCUCAAUCCACGACGGAACAACAAGCGGCCAGUUCAAGGUCUACAAACUCGCAAAUGUCAAAAUCACUGAUGAUUAUUCAAUUGUUUACGCUCCUAUUUUUGAGGAUUCUUCAGUCACUUUUGUCCAAACAUACUUUGACAUUCACGAGAACGUUUCCAGUGUUGACUUCCGCACUCCAAGUGCCCUUGAGAACAUCCUUGAGUUAGUCCAUUACCAGUUCAAUUCCAAGAGAGCAUCUAAGGGCUUCCUCUUCAACUCCAACGGAAAGAAGAUGAUGUCAUUCGACUUCGAUAAGAAACUCUGGUCACCACAGCCAUGGACAACAUACACUUUAGUUCCAAUCUGCAACAACGAAGAAGACAGCUUCUGCGCAAUCCCUCUCACAUUCAAACCACACACAAUCACUUACUUGACUUACGAGCACCCAGAUGGUUUGAACUCAUACGAAGAGGACAUCAUGAAGUUCCAGAGAGGCGUCAUCGGAGAGCAGAUUGUCAACUCCGGCGACAGCGAAAUCACUGUUGAUGUCUGGAAGACAUGGAAAGGAAAGAUCCAGAUCGACAUCUCCAACUACGGCGAGUACGACUUAGAAAUAACAAGAGACAGCGACAAACUCGACAACAUCACUUUCGCUGCAACAAUGAACAAGAAGAAGAUCAGAGCUGACCAGAACUACGUCUCAGACAACUUCGACAACGUCAUCAAGGCAUUGGGUGUCACAGGACGCGCUCAGUACGUCAACUUGAAUGACAAGGAAUUCGCUUUGUCCUUCCCAAGAAGCGAGUUCUCUCCAUCAGACUACGAAGAGGACUGCUCAAAGAUCGCACCAAUCUUCGGAUUGGACGCCGAGAAAUGCAAGUCCAUCAAGUACACAUCCAAGUUCGGAAAGAUUACAUACGACGACGUCGACAACAAGGAGAAAGGCGAGGAUAUCAAUGGAAGAAAGAAGUCAGUCUGGAUCGUUUUGACUGUUGUUGGAUGCGCUGUCGUCGCUGCUGCAGUCAUCGUCGCUGGAAUAGUCCUGAUCAGAAGGAAGAGGAAACAGUUCAAGGAGGUUUCGACUGAAUCUUUAGUUUCACCAAUGAUUAUUUAA